CCCUCCCCCCUCCGCCCAGUCCCGUCUCUCUCGGAAAAAAAGCUGCCAGCAGAUAGUCUGUUCCUGAAGCCGACUGGUCCAUGAGAGCCUUGGUCCCUCGGGCUAAUGUCGUCUUGUGUGCCUUGUGGAGGAAUUUAUUCUUCCUGAAGCCGGAACUGAGGGGCACUAAGUCAGUGCUCACUGACUUGCCCUGUCCUUUUGAAGCUGAUCUGAGCUGUCAGGCUUCUGGUCCGUUAGACUUUUCUUUAAGCUCAGGCUUGUGUCAUUGUUCUUCCAGAGAGCUUUGGGCUGUACAGACUGUCUGUGCUUAUGUGCAGGCCUCUUAGGCUAUGUUUUUUUUAGCCGCCUCUGUUUUCUUUUUAACAAAUCCAAGUAUUACUGCAAGGUUGAUCCCAGACCACCAAGAACCUUUCUGCCCUGGAGUGUACCCUGAUACUUCACUGAUUCUAUCUUUUUAAAAAAUUAUUGUUUUAUUAUAAAUGAACCACACCCUGAUUUCUUAAAGGGGCCCUACACUCUGGUGGGUCAUGUGUUGUCUCUCUGGCAGUGAGUGAGUCAAUUCAGUUCAUAGUUUCCUGUGAACUACCUAAUUUUCCUUUUCUGGAAACAUUUUUUUUAAGAGUUUGGGAUGCCUGGGGGGAAAAAGGUGGGCCCUAGUGGUGCCAUUGCUGCCUCUGGGGUCAGGAGAUCUGAAACCAGUGAAGGGGCCUCAGCACAGAGGGAAGAAGAGCAAGAGGAAGAAGGGGAUGAAGACCUCCGAGAUGGAGGUGUCCCCUUCUUUGUUAACCGGGGUGGGCUGCCUGUGGAUGAGGCCACUUGGGAAAGGAUGUGGAAACACGUGGCCAAGAUUCACCCUGAUGGAGAGAAGGUGGCACAGAGGAUCCGAGGGGCCACAGACCUUCCCAAGACUCCCAUACCAAGUGUGCCUACAUUCCAGCCGUCCACAUCUAUCCCUGAGCGCCUGGAAGCCAUACAGCGUUAUAUCAGGGAGCUGCAGUACAAUCAUACAGGGACACAGUUCUUUGAAAUUAAGAAGAGCAGACCUCUAACUGGGCUGAUGGACCUUGCUAAGGAGAUGACCAAAGAGGCUCUGCCAAUCAAAUGCCUGGAAGCUGUGAUCCUGGGAAUUUACCUCACCAACAGCAUGCCCACACUGGAGCGCUUCCCCAUCAGCUUCAAAACCCACUUCUCAGGGAAUUACUUCCGACACAUCGUGCUGGGGGUGAACUUUGGGGGUCGCUAUGGAGCACUAGGCAUGAGCCGCCGUGAGGACCUCAUGUACAAGCCUCCCACUUUCCGCACGCUCAGUGAGCUGGUCCUGGAUUAUGAGGCUGCCUACCAGCGCUGCUGGCAUGUCCUGAAGAAGGUGAAGCUUGGCCAGUGUGUUUCUCAUGACCCCCAUAGCGUGGAGCAGAUUGAGUGGAAACAUUCCAUCUUGGACGUGGAGAAGCUGGGGCGAGAGGACUUCCGGAAGGAGCUAGAGAGGCAUGCCAGAGACAUGAGGCUAAAGAUCGGCAAAGGGACCGGCCCACCCUCUCCUACCAAGGAUAGGAAAAAGGAUGUAUCCUCCCCACAGAGGAGCCAGUCCAGUCCACACCGCCGCAAUAGCCGAGGAGAGAGACGACCAUCUGGUGAAAAGAAGCCUGCUGAACCCAAAGCCAUGCCAGACCUCAAUGGGUACCAAAUCCGGGUGUGAGGCAGAACACAGGUCUCACCCAGCAUUUGUGGAAGAGACACGUUGACCCUAAAGGGAAGAGGAAGAGGAGUCAGUAUGAACCCAGAGAUUUGUUUACUACAUCCCAUAAAGCAACAUGUUGAACAGGUCACACCUGUCUCGGGGCAAGUGGUGUCCUAGAGAUAACUGGCUAUGACCACGUAGUCCUGAUGGGAAGCACUGCCAGGACCAGACAGUGCCUAGAAGCCCAGCAUAAAGACUGGAGCUACUCCUUAGGCAAUGUACCAGAGAACCAUGAUGCCGCCAGAGAUAAGGAGAAGGCAUCCCCCAUACAUAGCACUGGCAGCUCUUGCCUCCCAGACUUCGAGAAGCACCAGCUGCAGGGCUCAGCCUCAAGCCCAUAGGUCUCUCUGCAGCAGGGUUUGGACUUCUCUGGAGCUCCAGGGACCAGGUUUUGGAGUCAUGUUGGGUUGGCCAUAGGUGAGCAUCCAGGGUAGCACAGGCCAAGAAGAAAGAGGCCAGCACCAUAACUCAUGAUAGACGGGACACCAUGGAAGGUGAAGAGUCUUGCAUCAGCUCUGGUUCUCCUCCCUUUCUUUAGGCAGGAGUUGAAUUCUCCUCCUCUCCCCUCUCCCAGAGCAUCAGUACAAUUUUUGGUCUUUUUCCUCAGGCAGAGAAUUAGGGAUUGGGAAUGAUGAUGCCUGGGGUUGAUCACUCUUCCCUCUUUCACCAGCUAAAUUUAGUGAUUUGGGUGACGAUGAUCCUAGCUGUGUAUAAUAGGAAGGAACUUCCUGCCGUCAGAUGGGAUUUUCAGCAGCUCCCCAGUCCCAGUUAGAAAGAUCUCUGUUGGAAUAGUCAGGCCCAUUAGGCAUUGAGUGCAUUUGUAAUAGGAAGUACUAACCCAAGUCUGAGACAAGAGGAAGACACAAAUAGACUCUGAAAGGAUCAGAAUGCCCUUGGGUGGGGGGCAUCCAUAGUGAGCGGGUACGACGUGAAUGAAGAGCCAGAGAGAGAGGCCAUGAAAGAGCAACCAGACAUGUGGCAGGAUGGAGAGAGGUGUUUCAGUUGAGUGAAACCCAGGGGUGAACAGGAAGAGGCAGAGUAGUUCAGAAGGUUGGAGGUUAAUGGGAGAAGGCAGUGGGACACUGAGAAGGCCAGGACAUAGUGGCAGGAGGCAGAAAGAUGCUGAAAAGUCAAGGGUUAGUGGAAGCAGGCAGUAGGACAUUGAGCAGGCUAGGGCAUAGUGGCAGAAGACAGAAAGAAUGAUGGUGAUAGGCCCAGGAGAAGGAACCCAAGACUCAUAUAGCCAGGAGGCAGGGUAAGGCCCCAUUACAGCAACAGAGUCAGGGAGAGAUGAGGGGGCCAAUCUAGAAGGCUCAGUGGCAAAGUUUCGGGAGUCAUUGUAAGGCUACAAGGAAGGACUGACGGAUGUAGCAGAAUGGGUAUGUUGAAGGAGGGUUGUAUGGGGGUGAUAGUUAUACUCCGAAUAUAGCAGAUAAAGGACGUAGAAUAAGCCUGGGCCAAUGGGAGAAGGAAAAUCAAGGUAGAGCAAGUAGGAGGUGAUGCUUUGGGGGAGACAAAGAGAAAACAUGAAAUUCACAAAUUUCAGAAAGAACAAAAGGAAAGAGGAAACAUCAUCCAUGCUAUUGAAUUCAAAAGGAAAUGGAUGGUCAGCCGAGAGGUGUGGAUGGGAGCAUAGGAACAGACACAGAGCAUUGCAGUGACCCUGGAGUUGUUUAUCCUGCUCCAAGUGAUUGCUGUGUCACUGAGUGGGGGAAGGGAAUAGAACAGAAGUGGAUGUAGGGCAGAGUUCAGCAGUAGAAGCACUGAUAGGGCCUAGAAAAGAAGACAAGCCUCAGGCCCAGAAAGAGGGUGAGGACAGAGAAAACAAGCUUGGUGCUGACCAGGACUCCGUCUCCUAGUCAUUCCACCGAUGGGGGAAGGCAUCAAAAGGAGAGACCACCCUGGGCCUCAGGGCUUGGCAUAGAUGUCCAGAUCUUGUGGAAUAAGGACUGACCUCUGUCAGCAGGCCCCGAUUUGGGUGCUCCCACAGGGGGAUGUAGAGACUACAGAGUCCAGCAUUCGACUGAGUCUGGAGAAGUGGGAAGAACAGGAGCUACCUUUCCCGGCUCCCAGUGAGGGCAAGUUGUACCUGAUAACAGCUGUUGUUGAUCUGUGGGCAUAGGAGGGAGUUAUUAGGCUCAAGAGGGAACAGUUGCCUUUCUCAGCAGCUGUCAAACCCCAAAGAUUGCCAAGAGGCUUUGGGGUGACAGCUGCUCUAUCUGACUUGGAGACAGCAACCCCAGGCUUGGCCUUACCAGACCAAAGGGCCAGCCAUCUGCUUCACCACUUACAGCCAAAUGCAGCCCCAGGAGCUGGGAUAGAAGGUGGGGAGGAAGGUGGCUAGUCAGACUCUAGUCUCACUAACUCACCCUUGGAGCUAAUAGGCAGCCCUACUCCCUUCCUGUGGCAGCCCUGCACCCAGCCCUCCCAAGGAGGGAACCUGAGGAUGUGUCUGUACUAACUUGAACAGGAAUCUUAUUUCACAACACUGGGAAAGAACCUAAUCUUCCCCACCCCCCACCACUACCCACCAUUCCACAGUGGUUUCCCAAACAGUUAGGUAAUGAUGGUCAUGAUAUGUUUAUAAUUACUGAAAAAAAAUAACUGCCUUUGGCAAAAUGAGCCAUAAGGCUGAAAAUGAGUGAUUCAUUGGUACAGUGUGGCCCCUUAAAUUUUGCCCCAGUUUGGGACACACACCCCUCUAGUAAAGAGGUGGUACCUUGAGGAUAGCAGGUUCCCCCAACCUCUUCCUAUUAAAACUAAGAGCCAAGCAGCUGCUUAGCCUUUCCUGUUGGUGAUUUCCCCAGACUAUUCUCUGGGGCUCGGGGCAAUGUAAGAAAAAUCGUGUAAAAAACAAAACAAAAAAAAAACCUCACUGGUGCUUUUUAUUUAUUUUUUUAAAGUGUUUUUUUUAUAUGUAGCAAUCCCACCUCCCUUCUCUCCCCCACUAUGUUUACAUUUUGUUCCUCGGGGAGGGUGGGAGAGGACUAAGGGGAAAGCAGGAAGCUUUGGUUUUUUGCUUCCCAGUUGGGGGAAGGCAUCUACCCCAACCCAAUGUUUGCUUGGAGCUAGUGGGAGGAGAGACAGUGUCGACCCUAUUGCCUUUUCCUUCCAGUAUCAAUUUAAUUGAGUUUCUCUCUGACUCUACUGUCUCUGGAAGCUCCUGGUCUCAAGCUGUCCUGGUCCCAGUCCUAUGGAACAGAUAGGGAUUCAUGGCACACUCCUCCUUCCCCUGCCAGUCAUCAAUCUAUCUGCCCGUCGCCACUUUGAUUUUUUUAACCAUAACAUUACCUCCUAUGACUCCAUCAGGAUAUAAUAAGGAAAACUAUGGGCAUAAAAGGGCAUCAGCAUCACCCAGUCUGUUUACCUCAGCCGUCUUUGCUAGCAGCCCCAUGGGGUUACAAUUAGGUGAGAUCAAUCAUAAUUGAGAAUGAAGGGGAUGAUAUAAAUCACCAGAGACCCUGUCAAGCUGUACUGAUGGUGUAACAGAGGCCUUAUAUUCAUGGGUUCUCAGGGGCAGAAAGAGUCAUGGAGUAGUUAGCUGCUAAUCUAGAGGGCAUCCUGUAGUUUCGAAUUCUCCUGCUGCAGACCCAACUCCUUCAGUGACUGCAGCUAAAUCCUAGCUGCUGUGUACCUAUACUUUGGAGCACCUAUGCAUUUGCUCCCAUGCUCUUACCGUUGUCGCUCUGGCUGGAUGCACAGUCAGGCAUCUGUGGGCUUUUGUUCUUGUCUUCUCGAUUAGCGGCAGCCAGAGCCUGAGUACACCCCACAGUUGCUUCAGCCCCCAUACGAAACGGCUGCCAGCAGUAACGUGUGCUUGGAGGGGGCAGAGGGAGCAGGGAUUGGCCUCCUUCCAUCCCUGAUAGCCUGUGAAUUCCACGGUGUGCCAUAGCCUAUGGCAGUAGAAGCCCUUGCCUCUCCAUCCCCAUCUUCCUUAGGCCCGCUGAAAAGCCAAGGUCAGAGGGAGAAUGGCCUGGCCUAUUCUGGAAGUAUCAAGCAUUGGAUAGAGAGAACCCGGCCCCCAAAUCCCCUGGCCUAGAAUCCACCUGACCCCAUCACCUUGCCUCUCUGUGGUGCCAUCUGGUUCUCUAUCUCCAUCCUACCAUUUCAUUUGUAGGGUAGGCCUGACCUGGUGCUAGCCCCAUGCCAAUCAGUAUCGGUCCCUUCUAAGUUACUUCCUGGUGCUCUGGAGCCACAUAAGUUUCCCUUAAUCAUGAAGUUUGAAAAGGAUGGAAGAGGAGCUCAGGCAUGCCUGGCACAUGUGGACAAAAUGAUGGAAUCUCUCUCUCUCCCCCUUGUGUUUUAUAUCCAGCUAUGUACCGUAUAUAGAAUUAGUUCUCUCUGAUUCCCUGUAUUUCCAUCCCUUCAUAUCAGUAUUCAAACCCCUCUCACUUUUAUGCUUUUACCUCACUCUUGUCUUCACUUUUACAUGAUUAAUAAAGUCUACCCAGCUCCUAUUGUCUGGACUGGGCAGAAACCAGGACCUAACAACCUUGCCAGUCUUUUCUUUCAGAAUUUUCUGAGUCUCCACCCUUAGCUAUCAACACUUCACCACUCCCCCCAUCAGCUCUGUCUCUGGGGAGAGGGUGGGAGGGAAGGCAGCUGUCUAUGGAAAUGAAGAAAGAAGAAGGGGGAGAGGGGGAAAAGCCGUGGUAUAGGAUUAAAAUCUUCUGUCUCUGGGAUGCUGAAAGUUUCCAUUUCAGUUCAAUGUCCUUCACCCCUCCUCAGAUAGUCUGUAUUUUUCAACCCUCAUAUGUUAACAGGUCUGCUAUUCCACCCAGAAAUGCUUCUCUUUCUGUCCCGUGCACAGCCUGGAGCAUUCUGCUGAACCUUCCCAUGCCCAAGUAGGAAAGGGCAGAGUUGAGGGAGGCCAAGGGUUUGUCCGCUAGGCCUCUUCUCUGGGAUAUAUUCUAGAACCCAUUUUUCCUAUCCCAUUAAACAACAGUUUCUGUCUUCCACAGGAGAGAAAGGAAGCUUUUCUCUCUGAGGUGAGCUGCAUUUGUGGGCCAUUACACGUGAAUCUCCAAAUAAAUCUGUAAUGGUGAAAGAGGGUCAAAGGAAGCCUUCAGGGAGACAAUGUCAAUAAUAGACUUUAGAAAUAACAGAAUUGUUGUCCCCGACUUGUCCCCCCCCAGCCAUUCUCUCAUCUCACUUCAUUAUUACCCUCAUCCAAUCUAUGCCAUCACAAAACAUGCAAAACUAAAUCACAAAGCCAUUUAAAUAAGGCUUCCACAUUGGCUUAAAAAAAUUUUUAAGCCUGCAACUCCUUAUUUUACCCAGACUGCUGAAGCAGCCACCCAAAGGCACAACCCCACUAUGGUUGGCAUAGGAACUUUGACCCACUCUGUUUUCCAAUCUGGACCUGUUCUCUCUUCCUUGGGCAGUCUGGUGACACCCCUACUCCCAGGGACUUAUGAUAUAGGUGCCAGACUUAGUGCAUACACCCUAUGAAUUGAUUAGAUCUGCUGCAUCCCAGAACUCCUGAGGUCAAGUGAAUUGCUAGCCUCAGCCUACUCAGGAGCAGGAAUUACAGGUGUACAUCACCAUGCCCAGCAUCAGAUUGAUUUUUUAAAAGAGAGAGGGAGUUGGCCUGUGAAAAUAUUUGCCAGCCUUCAAGUUAUGUAUCAGCCUUAUCCCGUCAGAUAAAAACCUCUCUGUGCUGUACAAAUCCCAGUUGAAAAGAAUACAACUUGCCUGUAAGAGAAAAAAAGAUAGCCCUCACACACCAUGAUUUUCAUGAAUUACUAUGAGAAAAGGGAAAUAGUUUAGACCUCAUUAAUUAUGAUGUGUUUAUUGGGGGGAAGGGGAAGAUGGAGAUUAAGGACCGACUUGAAUUAAGAAAACAGGCUGAAUUCAAAAGAUAAUUUUUAGAGAAAUUGUUUUAUUACUUUCAGGUACACACAAUGAUUCCAGAUAACUUCUAAGCACUUAUUAAGUAAAUAAAGGUCCUACUGAGAAUGUUUUCAUACAAAGAUAA